GAAGUCUAAAGAGAUAGGUUUCUUUUUCCUUCCUUCCCUGAAAGACCCCAAUAGAGGUGUUCUCAAGGAGAAGACUGAGCUGAAAAAGUUCCAUACUCUACUGAUCUUCUCCUACAUGUCACAGGGAAAGAUCUAGAUUGCUAUGAAAUUUAUCUUCUAUUUGAGUGUCCUUGUUGGAGCAUUUUUCUCCACUCACUCGUCUGUGCAGAAAGAAGACCAUGCUCCCUAUUUGGCUUACCUCAAGUCUCACUUCAACCCCUGUGUGGGUGUCCUCAUCAAAAAAAACUGGGUGCUGGCCCCAGCUCACUGCUACUUACCAAAUCUGAAAGUGUUGCUGGGAAAUUUCAGGAUCAGAGUCAAAGAUGGGACAGAGCAGACCAUUAGCCCCAUCAAUAUUAUCCGCUACUGGAACUUUAGUGAUAGCUCCCCCCAGGAUGACCUCAUGCUCAUUAAGCUGGCCAAGUCAGCCAACUUCAGCCACAAAGUCCAGCCUCUCGCCCUCGCCACCAGCAACGUCCGGCCAGGCACCGUCUGUCUGCUUUCAGGUCUGGACUGGAGCCAUGACAACAGUGGCAGGCACCCGGACCUGAGGCAGACCCUGGAGGCCCCCGUGAUGUCUGAUAAAGAGUGCCAGACAACCGAGCAAGGAAGAAGCCACAGGAACGCCUUAUGUGUGAAAUUUGUCAAAGUGUUCAGCCGAAUUUUUGGGGAAGUGGCUGUCGCUACUGUCAUCUGCAAAAACAAGCUCCAGGGGAUCGAGGUCGGACACUUCAUGGGCGGGGAUGUCGGCAUCUACACCAAUGUUUACAAAUAUAUACCCUGGAUUGAGAACACCACUAAAGACAAAUGAGACCCUACUCGCUCUGCAGCCCACCAGCUCCACACCCGACUCUGCUAUUUCCCCAAAACUCAAAAUAAAAGUGUCCAGAUAGAAAUAUCUGGAGGCAUC